CUGUGGGAACGGAGCAAUGCCAUCCAGAGGCAGAAGCGGAGUCUCUAUCUAUCUGAGUCCAUGUCUCUUCACCGUUCCCACAAGCGUCGUCAGCGUGCCGCCUGCUGUUCUACCUCUGGAUUUAAGUCCGCCGGAUUACCGCUAGGACUUCCACAUCAUUGUUGGACGCUGCCACCUUUAAAUGGGAGGCAAAGUUCCUCCGUGGACUGCACAAAUGGUGACAAACACCUUGAUUUUUCAUGCUUCUUUGAUAGCUUCCUAGCAUUAAAGAUGAUUUCACUUUUCUUGAGCAAAAGUCUUUUUAUAUGUGGAGUCAUUUUUUUGUAAUGCCUGAAAGUAGGACUAGUUACAUUUUGAACUUGUCUAUGGAGGGAAUCUUUAUGGUGUUGAAAAUUUGUGAAGAAAAGCAUCAUCCUUUUCCAAAGCCAUCCUUGCUUCAUGAGAUCAAAAUGUGACUGUAGCACUUUCACUCUACGAUAUAUUCGUGUGUGUGGCGAGUGUACAUUGGACUGCAGGUGAACUUGCAUCUUUCCCAGUUCUUCCAUCUCCGCGCCCACUAAACUGUUCCCUGUUAACCCACUUAGGGUUCCCCUGUGGGGGUUUCUCUACAACCUUUCGUCCUACUCCAGAUUUUGCAGCAAGCAAAAGCUCCAGCAGCAGAAGGGGCGCAGGAAAGGAAGACACCCCCCUCCCAAAGUUGAGAGGGGGGUGGGAAAAUGGCAGCUCUUGCUAGCUCACUCAUCAGACAGAAACGGGCAGUCAAGGACGACCAAACCAAUCGACCGGUAGCCAACAAGCGGAAGCCCUGUCCAAAGAGCAACAAGUCCCUGUGCCAGAAACAGAUCCUGGUUCUCAUCUCCAAAGUAAGACUGUGUGGGGGUCGCAAAGGUCGCAACGAGAAGAGACCAGAGCCACAACUGAAAGGCAUUGUGUCCCGCCUGUAUAGCCAACAUGGAUAUUACCUACAGAUGCAGCCCGAUGGCACCAUGGAUGGCACAAGAGAUGAGAGCAGCUUAUUCUCGCAGUUUAACCUAAUUCCCGUGGGACUGCGGAUUGUGGCAAUCCAGGGUGCAAAGACGGGGCUGUAUCUUGCCAUGAAUAGUGACGGAUACCUCUAUACUUCUGAUCAUUUCACUCCAGAGUGUAAGUUCAAGGAGAGUGUGUUUGAGAACUACUACGUCACGUACUCCUCAAUGCUCUAUCGGCAGACCCAGUCUGGUCGUGCUUGGUAUAUCGGUAUCAACCGUGACGGCCAGGUCAUGAAGGGGAACCGGGUAAAGAAGAACAAAGGAGCCGCGCACUUCCUGCCUAAAGUUAUCGAGGUUGCAAUGUAUAAGGAGCCGUCGCUACAUGAGCUCACGAGUGAGCCUGUGAGUCCUCCACGGAAGACCACUAAAACAUCCGAUUCCCCGUCCUUAAAAAAUGGACGGAAAGAAGCUCCCAAGGCUGACGCCUCAUAGCACAGGAGACAGAGGGUGGGUCAGAGGGCAACAGUGACACAAAGUCACCCAUCAUGCACGGAUGACGGCUGCUGGGUGAAUGGCCCUCAUGGUGCGCUAUGAGAUGAAGGGUGAGCAGUCCAUCAGCUGACAUGAUGAGAGAGGAGUCCCACCCCACUUUUGUCAUCACAGAAUGACAGACCUGGACCCUGGCCGUAACUUUCACCCCUUCCCCACGCCCAUGCCAAUGUCUCUAAGCCAGCCCCUAUAAAUUUCUUGAUGCUCA